AAUAAAACUAAAAAGAAAUAUUUGAAGGAACAAACAAAUGGGAUCCCAAAUCCAAUGACAAAUCAUAUAACAUAACGGCUAGUUGGACUCGGAAUAGAGUACCGUUGUGAUUGUGAGCGAGUGAGAGAGAAAGUAAAAGAAAACCCUUUUGUCUCAGCUACCUCUCAAUUCAAUCUCACUCAGAUUUUCUCCUACUACCAAUUCCAGAGGAAUCGAAUCGACGACGCCAUGAACGCCAUCAACUUCUUCAAGAAGAAGACUUCACCCAAAGAAGCUCUUCGGACAAGCAAGAGAGAAAUGGGCGUUGCCACCAGAGGUAUUGAACGCGAGAUUGCAUCUCUUCAGCUAGAGGAAAAAAGAUUAGUGGCUGAAAUCAAGAAAACAGCUAAAACUGGAAAUGAGGCUGCCACCAAAAUAUUAGCCCGUCAACUUGUUCGACUACGUCAACAAAUAACUAAUUUGCAAGGGAGUCGUGCCCAAAUCAGAGGGGUAGCAACUCACACACAGGCACUAUAUGCCAGCACAUCAAUUUCUACAGGAAUGAAAGGUGCAACUAAAGCAAUGGUGGCAAUGAACAAGCAAAUGGCACCUACUAAACAAGUUAAAGUGAUAAGAGAAUUCCAGAAGCAGUCUGCACAAUUAGACAUGACGAUCGAGAUGAUGUCAGAGGCUAUUGACGAGACUUUAGACAAAGACGAAGCAGAGGAGGAAACAGAAGAGCUAACUAACCAGGUGCUAGACGAAAUUGGUGUUGACAUUGCAUCUCAGUUAUCUUCAGCACCAAAAGGCAGGAUUGCAUCCAGGAAUGCUGAAAAUGCUGCCCCGGCCAAGACUGCCGCUGCCCCAACCAAGACUGCUGCUGCUGAGAAUACCAGUUCUGCAUCUCCAGACGUAGACGAACUGGAGAAAAGGUUGGCCUCUCUGCGUCGUAUAUAAAUAAAUCGAAUAAUAAUUUUGUGUGGAUAGGGAGGGUGGGAGUUUGUGUUUGUGGUGGUGGUGUAAAUUUGGUUCAAGUAUUUUAUAUAUAUAGAAGGACAAUAUAGGAUAUAUGAAGAGUUAGUUCUUUUCAGUUUGUACGAGUCUAGAUUUUCACACUUCUUACUCUAACUAUUGGAUUUUUGAGAAUUUUUAUGUAUUCCAUUUCAGUAUAUCUAUAUAUUGUUUUUGGUUU